GCCAGAUGGUAUCUCUGCAGGGACGGCGCUGGCUCCUACAAGUGUGUGGGCAUCGCGCUCCGUCUCCUCGGCGAGGCCGGCGUCCUCCAGGAGAACUUUGGCCAGGCCAUCAUUACCGCAGCCUUCGUGGACGACAUCCUCUCGCUGGUGCUCUUCAACGUGUUGUUCAGCUUGGGGGGUGAGUUCGACAUGUUCAAGACCGUGGUCGUUGACUGCAUCUUGGCGAGUAGAGCUACAGUUCUGGCCGUGACCUGCCAAGUACCAAAGAAGAAGGACGCACAAGCGAAGAUCUCUGCGCAGGACGAGGCCCUCUUUUUCUUCAUGUUCGCUCUGCUCUUUGUGUAUGCCACGAUCACCCACUUCCUCGGAACGCACCUGUGGGGAUGCUUCAUCGCUGGGAUGUCUUUCGCUUGCCUGAAUCCGCCUCAUCAUGCCCACCAUGUUUGGGUGAAGCAGACAAAGCGAGUGACCUCCUGGAUGAUCCGCAUUUUCUUCGCCGGGACCGUGGCUUUCACCAUCCCCUUGCAGCAGCUGAUGUCUAUCGAAGCCUUCUGGAAAGGCAGCAUCAUGGGGAUCUUCGCGUGCAUUGGAACCAAGGUGGUUUGUGCACCGUUCAUGGGCAAAGCGCGCUGGGUCAUUGGUUGGGCCAUGGUCGGGCGAGCUGAGUUCGCGUACUUGAUCGCACAAAUGGCGCUCUCCGCCGGGAUGCUGGAUGCAGGGACCUUCUCCGUAGUGAUUUGGGCCCUGCUCUAUGCCACCAUCUUCGCACCCUUCAUCUUCCGGCUGCUCCUGAAUCGAUAUGUGGCCUCAGAGGGGCUCGGCGACGGAGCUGCAGGAACUGGUUUCAGCGACUCGGACUCGGACAUUUGGGGCGAGGAGAAGGAGAACAGUAAGAAAGAUGAAGACGACCUAGAGGACAUUGACGUUGCAGGGGCAUUGAAAAACAAGCCUACAGAGUACGGACAGUCCAGCCCAGGUGGUGCAGCUUGGCCCAAGAACUGGAAGCCUUGCCAUCUCGACUCGUUUGCUGUGCAAGCACAGCACAUCAGAGCACUUGACAGUUGUGAUAAGGAGAUGAAAGUGGCCUUCUCAGCCGUAGAUGCCAGGGCUGUUCGUAAUGCAGACGACAAAGGCAAAAGUGGCUUCCUCUGCUGCCUAUUCUUCAAGAAGGCAGGCGGUGGUCAGCAGGUGCCACUGAACACCAUGCACUCGAAGGGACACAUCCUAGACCACUGCUUAUCGCCACAGCUUGCGGGUAGCCAACGAGCAGGCAACACACGCGCAUCGAAGCAUGAAAUGUCGGGGAUAGCUGCCCCAUUGGAUGCUCAUGAUGUAGCCAAAGAGUACUCCUGGUGCCGUGUUCGCUUUCCUCAGUCCAUGGCCUUCAUGGGAAUUGUGGGCAUCGGCUGGGGGAACUCAAUCCUGCAAGAGGAUGAGUUGCAGCUUCCUGGUGCCAAGAUGGCCAAUGUUGCCUUGUCCGUGGUGUCGUUGAAGACUUCGCAUUUCGAGCGCUUUCCCUUGGCCGACAUGGCGAAGCCUGGGACCCGAGCUACGAUGGCGCUCCUGGCAAGGCGCUGGAUGCGCGGGAGCACGCUGAGCCUCAGCCGGGCAUCCCCGGCAAUUGCUUUGAGAGCUUUCUCUGAUGCCCCGGCGCUGACGCGGCUUGAGAAGCAGAAGAAGCCGAGCGACAACUACCUGGACAUGCACUCGCUGGUGACCCGCCUUCGUGAGUUGUUCCCGCCGGCACCGGCAAUGGGUGCACCCAUCAAUGGUGAUGUGGUCACGUCCGUCACAGAGACUCUGCAGAGCGUGAAGCUGAACCCACGUGAAUGGCAGCAGCACGCAGUCUACCGGCGGGGGCGCUAUACCAGGAACAUAGUUGGAUACUCGCCAAAUCAAUUCAUCGUGCUGCUGCUGUGUUGGGAGCGGGGCCAACAGAGCCCCAUCCAUGACCAUGCAGGUGCUCACUGCUUUAUCAAGAUGCUUAGUGGACAGCUUCAAGAGCGCAAAUUCGCUUGGGCUCCAAACGGCUCCUCUGGCCCACAGGCAGGGCCUCCUGGCCUUUUGGAUGCAUCUGACACAGAGAAGAGUGCUCGGGGCCUCAAGUCUGCUACAGAAAGCGUCUGGAGUCAAAGUCAUUCACUUCUGGGCCUCGACUCAACUCUGAGUGUGUGA